AAGCCAGGCCCAGGAAACUUUACCCGGGGUAACAGACGAGGCGCUUUACGGCGACGGCGGCUGAGUGUGAGCCUUGGCGGUGGAGGCGGCCGCGGCGGUGAAGGAGGCGGCGGCAGCGGCUGAGGAAAAAGAGGAGUGGCGGCAGUGGCGGCGGGGACCUGUGCCGGGAUGGCGGAGGUACCGCCUGGGCCUAGCAGCCUCCUCCCACCACCGGCACCUCCGGCCUCGGCAGUGGCUGAGCCCCGCUGUCCCUUCCCGGCGGGGGCCGCCCUCGUCUGCUGCAGCGAGGACGAGGAGGACGACGAGGAGCACGAAGGCGGCGGCGGCAGGAGCGCGGCGGGCAGCGAGGCGGCGGCGGCGGCCAAGGGGCAUCCGUGCCUCCGGUGCCCUCAGCCGCCGCAGGAGCAGCUGCAGCUCAACGGACUGAUCAGCCCCGAACUGCGGCACCUCCGGGCGGCCGCCUCUCUCAAGAGCAAGGUUUUAAGCGCGGCCGAGGCGGCCACGACCACGGCCACCCCUGACGGGGGCCCCAGAGCGACUGCAACAAAAGGAUCCGGGGUCCACUCGGGCGAGAGCCCCCCUCACUGCCUCCCCAGUAAUGCCAGAACUGCGCUCCCCAGCCCCGCAGAGGCAGCGGCGGCCCGCAAUGGACUGGCGGAGGGCGCGGAGCAGGAGGAGGAGGAGGAGGAGGAAGACGAGCAGGUGCGGCUGCUGUCUUCAUCCCUGAGCGCCGGCUGCAGUUUAAGAAGCCCCUCAGGCCGGGAGGUUGAGCCUGGGGAGGAUCGGACGAUACGUUACGUCCGAUACGAAUCCGAGCUACAAAUGCCCGAUAUCAUGAGACUGAUCACCAAAGAUCUGUCUGAACCCUACUCCAUUUAUACCUAUAGAUAUUUUAUCCACAACUGGCCGCAGCUAUGUUUCUUGGCCAUGGUAGGGGAGGAGUGUGUAGGUGCCAUCGUUUGCAAGCUGGACAUGCACAAAAAGAUGUUCCGCAGAGGUUAUAUAGCGAUGUUAGCUGUGGAUUCCAAAUACAGGAGAAAUGGCAUUGGUACUAACUUGGUUAAGAAAGCUAUAUAUGCCAUGGUUGAAGGAGACUGUGACGAGAUCACACUAAAUGGUGGUUGUGUGUGAAGGCCUACAGACAUACUAAGCAGCACAGAGAAGUCCUGGGAUUUAAGGAUAUUUAAUUUUACUCCAAAUAAGAUAAUUACACAUGGUGGAGGAUCUCAUAUUGUUCGAAGCUUUUAAUAUCAAAAAGUAAAAGGUACAGUGACCUUGAUAAUUUACAUGGCUGGUAACUAAAAUUUGCAUACGUUUAUGAGUAUAAGUCUGUGUAUUUGGGCCAUAGCCGCACUGGCUUAAACAGUUCAUCAAGAAGAAUGUCAAGCUUUGCAAAAUAGCAUGUAACAGUUGGGAGAAACUUUGGUGUUGUGAGACCAUGUUUUGGUCUCCUACUGCUACUGAGUAGAGUAGUUUCCAGUAAACAGGGAUGCUAUGAGCAGGGAAUAUUAUGUUCCUUAUGGUUACGCCUUUUCUGAGUUAUCCUAGUUAGGUACCUGUGAGACACGCUUCACUUAACUGAUCAAAUAUUUAAAUAGUAUUGGUUUUUCUCUGAAAGAUGGGAGGAAGGAUAUGGAGAUUUUGGUUAUAUUGUUUUAGUCUAAGGUUAAAUUCUAAAUUAGUAAUAUAUUUAUGGUAGAAAUAGCCUUUUCAUUGUGGGCCUAAAAACUUGAUUCUGAUCGUAUUUCUUUUGAAACAGUGAAUAGUACUUAGACUGAAAUGGGAAUGGUUUCAUGAACCUAUUCUGGUUGUGUGGUUUUAAAUAGAUGGUUUGUGCAGUGUGAAUAGCUCUGCCUCUGGAUUAGACUCUUUCAUGCUUUAAAAAAAUGUUCAGGUAAAGGAUUUGCUGUAUGCAGGGAUGGAACUCUCAUCUACUCUUUAUAAGGGUUUUACUUUCCCUUUCAUUGAGUUUUAAACCAUAGCAACAAACUCUUCUAUCCCCCCCCUUUUCUUUUAAUUUUCUAAAAUUUUAAUUGUAUUGUAUUGAUUAUUCUAUUACAGUUAUCCCAAUUUUCCCUUCUUUGCCCCCCUCCAUCUAGCACCCCCACUCCCUCAGGCAAUCUCCACACUUUUUUUGUUCAUGUUCAUGGGUCAUGUGUGUAAGUUCUUUGGCUACUCCAUUUUCUAUACUGUACUUUACAUCCCCAUGGCUCUCCUGUGACUACCAAUUUGUACUUCUUAAUCCCCUCACCUCUUCACACAUUCUCCCACACUACCUCCCAUCUGGCAAUCACCAAAAGGGUCCCCAUAUCCCUGAUUCUGUCUCUGUUCUUCUCGUUUGCUUAGUUUGUUUUUUAGAUUUAAUUGUUGAUAGAUAGGUAUUUAUUGCCAUUUUAUUGUUCAUAGUUUUGAUGUUCUUUUUCAUAAAUAAGUGCCAUUAACAUUUCAUGUAAUAAGGUUUGGUGAUGAUGAACUCCUUUAGCUUUUUCUUGUCUUGGAAGCUCUUUAUCUGCACUUCAGUUCUAAUAAACAAUAUCUUUGCUGGGUAGAGCAGUCUUGGCUAAGUCCCUCCCUGCCUUUCAUGACUUUGAAUAUUUCAUGCCAAUCCCUUUUAGCCUGCAAAGUUUCUUUUAGAAAUCAGCUGAUAGUCUUAUGGGAACUCCUUUGUAGGUAACUGUUUUUCUCUCUCUGCUUUUAAGAUUCUCUUACCUUUAACCUUUAGCAGUUUAAUUAUAAUGUAUUUUGGAGUGGGCCUUUCUGCAUCCAUCUUGUAUGGGACUCUCUGUGCUUCCUAGACUUUCAUGUUUAUUUUCUUCACCAAAUUAGGGAAGUUUUCUUUCGUUAUAUUUUCAGGUAGAUUUCCAAUUUCUUGCUCUUUAUUCUUUCUGGCACUCCUAUGAUGUGAAUGUUGGAAUUCUUGAAGUUAUUCCAGAGUCUGCUUGUAAUACUCUUGGGGGGCAGUUUGGAGUCUUUUGUCUUCUUACUGUUCUGACUGGUUGUUUUUUUAUGUUCUAAAUUAUCGAUUUGAUUUUGGGGUCCAUCCACUCUACUGUUGUUUCCCUGUAAAUUGUUCUUUAUUUCACUUAGUGUAUCAUAAUCAUUUGUUUCUGUUGGAUGAUUUUUAUGGUGUUAAGGUACUCAGUAAGUUCCUUGAGCAUCUUUAUAACCAGUGCUUUGAACUCUGCAUCUGAUAGAUUGCUUAUCUCCAUUUUGUUUAGUUCUUUUUUUGGAGUUUUGAUCUGUUCUUUCAUCUGGGCCAUGUUUCUUUGUCUCCCUGUGUUUGUUUUUAUGUAUUAGGUAGAGCUGCUAUGAUUCCCUGUCUUGACAGCAUGGCCUAACAUAGUAGGUGUACUAUAGGGUCCAGUGUCACAGCCUCCCCUAUCACCCAGGUUGGAUGCUCCAGGUGCGCCCUUUGUGUGGGCCUAGGACAUCCUCCUCUUGUAGUUGAACCUUGAUUGCCAUUGGCAGGUCAGUGGGAGGAAUUUACCCAGGUAAGUCCAUUUCGAAGACUGGCUGUGACCACUAACUGCCAGCCUUUGCCCUCCAUGGAGGAUCAGAUAGGCAGGGGCAGGGGAGUGGUGCUCCAAUCUGGUCUGUAGCUGUCCACUGGGUACACAGGCACUGGAGUUUCCUGUGUGGUGCAGGCCAAGGUCAGCCCCAACCUGUGUCCUGCCUGGAGCCUUCCUGCCUGAGCUUAAAGCAAUCUGAGAUGGCCGUUACUAGUUCGGGGCUUGGGGAUUCCUGGGCAAAGUCAAGCUGUAAAUAUAGGCUGGCUGCUGGUGGUGCUGGGCCUGGAGCCAUUUAAGAGAUUUGGGGGUAGGGGAUUAUUGAGGCCAGCUAUUAUUUGUUUGAUAGGGUUUAGGAAGUUGUGAAGCAUGAUCCAAGACCUGUCAUUCAUAUGAAAAAGUCACGGUUAACAGUUUGGGUGGGUCUGUAGGUUGGGUGGGAUGGCGCCUCAGGGAAUCUCCAGAGUAGGGCGCAUAGUGUUAACCAGGUUGGUGGAUUCUUACAUGUGUCUCCCACUGGCUCUGUGGCUGUGUGGGGAGGGGUCAGAAAAGGUACUGUGGCCUCUGCCCACUUUUCUACCUGGGCAAAAGCUGUCCCCCAGCUCUCUCUUUGAUACCAGACACUUCAGUCCCUCCUUGUAUGCCACUGGUGCCUUUCAAGUUGCUACCCUGGUGCUGAAGCUCAGUCUGAUUAAGUCCAUGUGUCAGCUCUUUAAGGCGAACAGCAGUUCUACUAACUCAGUCCCCAGUGGUUUUUGCAGCCAGAAGUUAUGGGGACUUAUCUUCCUGGCACUGGAACUGUGGGGUGGGACUGGCACUCCUCACUCCCAAGAUAACCCUUUUGAAGUUUUAUUCACCAUGUAGGGAUGUGGGACUGGCGGUUCUGUGUGUCUGCCCCUCCUACCUAUCUUGGUGAAUAUGGCUUCUUGAAUUUGGUAGUCAGAUUUCUGUUCGACUUGAUUUCUCACAGUUCUUAGUGAUGGUUGUUCUAUAUUUAGUAGUAAUUUUGAUGUGGUUGUGUGUUUACCUAUGCCACUAUCGUGACCAGAUAUCUCUCCUUUUAGUUUUUUAUAGUAGUGUGUUCGUUGGUUCCACUUUCUAUUGCCAUUUCAUCUUGUUGGGUUUAUUUUCUUCCUCCUGUACUCCUUUGUAACUACUUUCUAACUGAUUAUUUGCUUGAACUGGUAGCUUCUUGGUCCUCUGCUUACUAAAAUACUUCUUGGUUUAAUGUAUUAGGUAGAAAUUCAAAUUCAAAUACCAACAACCUCUUUAAUUUAUUUUAAUCCUUCUGGACACAGUCCCUGCACCUUCUCUGAUUUUCUUGACUUCCCUUUUUGUAAUAUAGUCAACCCCACUUAUCUGCAGUUUGCUUUCCUGUUUCAGUUACCUGUGGUCAAGUGUGGUCUGAAAAUAUUAAAUGGGAAAUUUCAGAAAUAAACAAUUCAUAAGUUUUAAUUUGCCUGCAGUUCUGAGUAGCAUGUUGCAAUCUUGCACCGGCAGUAUGCUGCUCCAUUUGAACCAUCCUUUGUCCACUGUAUACAGGCUGUGUAUUUUACCUGUCCUUUAGUCAUUUACUAGCCAUCUUGGUUAUUAGAUUGGCUGUUGCAGUAUUGUUAUGCUUGUAUUCGAGUAGUUUUUAUUUUACUUAGUAGUGGUGUCAAAGUACAAGAGCGGUAUGCUGGCAAUUUACAUAUGCCAAAGAGAAACCAUAACGUGCUUCCUUUAGGUGAAAAGGUGAAGGUCUCAGUUUAAAAAUUGUAUGUUGAGGUUGUUAAGAUCUGCAGUAAGAAAGAAUCUUCUACCUGUGAAAUUGCCUAAUUUAUAAGUGAAACUUUAUCAUAUGUAUGUAUGUAUGUCUGUAUGUGUAAGAAAAAACAUACCAUAUGUAGGGGAGGGGACGACCCAUGGUUUCAGGCAUCCACUAGGGGUCUUGGAACAUAUCCCCCACAGGUAAGGGAGGACUGCAGCCCUUCACCUAAGUUUUCCUGUGCAGAGUGUGUGUCUUAGCAACUAAGGAGAGCAGAGAUACUUUUUUGUGUUUACUUCUGUGCUCUUAGGGUGGCAUUUAUGAUAGAGUGUGUGGUUCUUAGAAGUACUCUGUUGAACCAGUGUUUGAUGAGUGAUUAUUUCUUUGUUUACAGUAUCUUAUCUGCACCUCCUUUCUAGGAACAGCAUUUGCUUUACUUAUUUUCGUACAUAGUAAGAUGGAAAAAUGUAUCCUGGAGGGUUAACUAAGUUGUUAAAAUACCUUUUG